AUGGAACAACGUGUGCGUUCAUUAGAAUUUGAACUUCUUAAACAAGACAAUACAAUUUCAAAUUUAGCUGAUAAAUUCAUUGACUUUAAAAUAGAUAAUGAACGUAAACAACCGAGAACAAGAAAGAAGAAACAAAAUGUGUUUAAUUAUCAAAUUGCUGACCAGUUUAAGUAUGAGAAUCCUUCGAAUGACUCAUGUGCAAACAUUCUAUUUGAUUCUGAACUUGAAAUGCGUGAUGACGAGGCAGAAGAUGAACAAUCGCCCAGUCAUAGAUGGACCAACCAUUUGUGUAUAACUGACUUAAACGAGUGCAAGAUUAAGGCAGAUAUAUGUAAUUCUGGAAACUGUACUAACACAAUUGGAAGUUACCACUGUACCUGUCCGCUUGGAACUUACGGGAAACAAUGUGAUAUCACUGAGACAUGUGAAAGUCAUCCCUGCAAACAUGGUGCUACAUGUUUAUCAGGAACAAAUGGACAGAAUUCAUUUUCUUGUUCAUGCAACAACGGCUGGACGGGUACAAAAUGUGAUGUUCAGGACUACUGUUCCUCUAAUCCAUGUCAUCAUGGAAGUCGGUGUAACAAUCAAGGAAACACUUAUCAGUGUUCGUGUCCUUCUGAAUGGACCGGUAAAAAUUGUAGUACUAGAAAUUACUGUUCCAGUUCUCCCUGUCAGCAUUAUAGUACAUGCACAAAUGGAGCUAAUGCAUACUCAUGUGUAUGUACAAAAGGCUGGAUUGGGAAGAAUUGUAGCAGUCAAAAUUUCUGUUCGCGAAAUCCUUGUCAGCAUUACGGAUCUUGUGCCAAUACAGGAAACUCUUAUUCGUGUAAAUGUAGAAAUGCAUAUACCGGAAAUAAUUGUGAGCUGUGGAAUUAUUGUUUUAGUUCUCCAUGCAGAAAUAGAGGCACAUGCUUAAAUAAAGGACCUACGUACAUAUGCACGUGUUCUUAUGGUUGGAGUGGUACAACAUGUCUAACAGAAACAAAAUGUCAUACUGAAACUUGCCAUGGUCAUGGGAGAUGUCAAGUCAAGAAUAGUAGACCUGUGUGUACCUGUAAUAACGGGUGGCGUGGUAAUACAUGUGAUACAGAAGAUCAUUGUUCUAGUCAUCCAUGUCAACAUCAAGGGACUUGUACAAAUCAUGGAAACACUUUCUUUUGUAAUUGUACUAAGGGGUGGAUAGGGACAACAUGUAUUACUGUAGAUCAUUGUACUAAUAAUCCGUGUAAAAAUUCGGGAAAAUGUAUUAACUCAAGGCAUGGGUUUACGUGUCAUUGUUCUGAUGGUUGGAGUGGUACAACAUGUCUGAUAGAAUCAAAAUGUCAAACUCAUACCUGCCAUGGUCAUGGGAAAUGUCAAGUCAGGAGUAAUACACCUGUAUGUACCUGUAGUACAGGAUGGAUUGGGGGCGGAUGUGAAGUACGAGAUCCGUGUUUUAAUAUCCCAUGCAACAAUUCGGGAAUUUGUUUUGGAAAUUCUAACAGCUUUUUAUGUUACUGUCCAGUUGGGUGGAAAGGAUCUGUUUGUGAGCUACCCGAUGACACCGUAGGACGUACAGUAUUGAAUCCUUGUAAAAACGGAGGUCGUGUUUUUUAUCAUAAUGAAAAUCUUAUCUGCUCUUGUCCUAAGGAAUGGACUGGUCCAAAAUGUGAACAAGAUAAAGACGAAUGUAAAUUUGGUAUCAGUUUAAAUGAUACAAUUAUAACAGAAAUCUGUCAGAACAAUGGUCGCUGUAUAAAUAUUCCAGGAGGAUUUGUGUGUGCUUGUCAUGACGGCUGGGCAGGAAAUAGAUGUGAGACUGACGUAAAUGAAUGCGAUUCUUCCCCUUGUCAAAAUAAAGGUAUUUGUAAUAAUAUCAACGGAUCUUUCAAAUGCUAUUGUGAACCGGGAUGGAAAGGUUCCAUCUGUGAAAUAGACAUAGAUGAAUGUCAGUAUGUCCCAUGUGGAAUACAUGGACAAUGUAACAAUAGCGAUGGUAACUUCUCCUGUAUUUGUGAAGAUGGAUGGUCAGGAAAUAAAUGUGACCGACGUGUAGAUCCAUGUGACACAUCUCCUUGUCGUAAUAAUGCUACUUGUGUUAUAAAUGGAGAUGAAUAUAUUUGUCAAUGUCUUUCAAAUUGGAAAGGUAUACAUUGUGAUGAAGACGAAGAUGAGUGUAUAUUUCAUCCGUGUGAAAAUAGUGGACUCUGUGUAAAUUUACAGGGGAAUUACUCGUGUAACUGCACAGAUGAUUGGACUGGGAGACAUUGUGAAGAAAGGGUUGACUCCUGUCGCAGUAGCCCAUGUUUUAACAAUGGUACAUGCUUUGAUUCACUUCCUGGAUAUACAUGUACAUGUAAACAAGGAUGGAUAGGAGAAAGAUGCCAAACAGAUAACAACGAAUGUCUGUUGUCUCCAUGUAGUAACAAUGGAACAUGCGUUAAUACUAACGGAUCGUAUCGUUGUGAUUGCACGGACUUCUGGGAGGGCGAUGACUGUUCUGUUGAUACUGAUGAGUGCAGUUAUAAUCCAUGUAAUUUCACUUACAAGUGUGUAAACACUAUCAGUGGUUACGAUUGUAUGAAUUGUACGACAAUGAAUUGUACAAAUAGUGGAUCAUGUAUUGAUACAUCUUCUGGGCCGAUAUGUCAUUGUGUACCUGGACGGAUUGGUGAAUAUUGCGAGAAACACGAUUUUUGUUUUAAUAGACCGUGUAACCCGUUAGAAAACUGUACAAACGAGGCUGAUGGUUACAAGUGCCACUUUCACCCCUGUAAUAGUUCACCUUGUCAAAAUAAAGGAACGUGUAUGGAGCAUAAUCUAGGUUAUUCUUGUCAGUGUAGACCUGAAUGGAGAGGAGAUCAUUGUCAGUACGAGGAUUUCUGUUAUGAUUCUCCAUGUAUCAAUAAUGGAACGUGUUUAAAUCAUAACUUUGAUUACACGUGCAUAUGUACAGAGGAAUGGGAAGACAAAAACUGCUCUGUUUACAACUAUUGUCAUGCCGAUCCAUGUAUCAAUUCCGGUAUAUGUUUAAACGGACAUUCUCAAUUCACAUGUGUAUGUAACAACACUUUCACUGGACAGACAUGUGAAACGUUCGAUUUUUGUUAUAGUAGCCCGUGUAAAAAUAGUGGUUCGUGUAUCAACGGAAAUGCUAACUUUACAUGUAUUUGUGACAGGGGAUAUAAAGGAAAAACAUGCGAAACGGAAAUAGACUGGUGCGCAUCCUCACCGUGUCAUCACAACAGCACAUGCGUCAACAUUCAGUAUGGAUACUACUGUCAUUGUACUGGCGGCUGGGUUGGUCGUCAGUGUGAACAUGAUAUUGAUGAGUGUAUGUGGAGCACAUGCCCAAGCGGUUCAAACUGUCAAAACCAGUUAGGAGGAUAUAGAUGUCAGUGGAAAACUAAGCGAUCUGCAGAUGUACAAUUGUUUAGAAAUAAAGCAGAACCAGUUUCGAUCAGAAUAUCACAACUUGCUGUGAUUGAACACAAGAUAAAUUCUGUUUUAUCAUCUGUAAAGUGUCUCAUUCAAUGGUACACAUGCAGAAAUGGUGUAGCAAUGGUACAGUCAUUAUCCCUUGAGGUAGAAAGGGAGAACAACAGUGCUAGUUACUCAUUUACCUCUUCAUGUAAAGGAUAUAGCUUGUCGGCUAAUGAUUUCAACGAGCACCUGCGACUGGCUUUGACACAUCCGACCACAAAUACAUGUUUGAAUGGUUUAAAUUAUAUCGAUAACUAA